AUGAUCACAAAGUUCAUGACCGAGGUCUCGGUCAAGUUCAACCCCUUCUCGGCCUGCGCCAAACCCGCGCGCCUCUUCCUCACCUACCUGCCUCCAAACAUCCGGGCCAACGGCACCUCCGUCAGCACAACGCUGCUUCCUCGCAACAACCCAGAGCCCAGUUCUCUGAGGGUCAAGUUCAAGGACGGCAAGGAAUUCAACUUCAACUGCGCCAAGACCAACAUCAAGGGCCUCAUCGAAGAAGUCGAGCGGCAUUCUCGCCAACUGCAAAAGGCGGCAGAUCUCACAGACUAA